CCCUUUAAGGUUUGUGAGACUGUUUCAGCCUGUGGAAAGCCACUUCGAAAGAAACCUUGAUUGUCUGAGACUAAAAUACAGUGGUGUGGGCAUUAACCAGUGACGGGCAUGAAACUUGAGAAAAGCCAAAGGAAUUGACUUUUGUUUGUAAUAUAAAUCUGCAGACAUAUUCAGAGAUUGGAGACAAACGCGCAAGAGAUGAAGGAGACGUGUAAUGCGCACUUGAGUGACCACUUUUGGGUGUACACUUGGUAACCGGGUGGCUCUGAAGAUCUGGGUUGCCAUGGAGACGUCUUCGGAUGAAGACUCCGGGGGUGCUGAUGUUGGGGAGCUGCUUCUGAGCAUUCAUCUGGAGAGGUACCAGGACAGCUUCAGGCAGGGUGGCUUCCACAAGGCUAAAGAUUUCAUCCACCUUGACAAUGAAAUACUCCUCCAGAUGGGGAUAACAGCUACAGGCCACCGGAAACGGAUUUUGAAACUCGCGCAGCAGGUGCCGCAGGGGGAAUUACCGCAAGACGUCGAGCCGUUUUGGGAUGGGCCUCAGCCAGAUCCUGCUCAUGACGAAGCACCUCCAGAGGAACUGGCAUCCCCCUGGGAUCCGAAGGGGCUUCCCAACAACUGCCUUCCAGACAUCCCCGGUGCAACCGCUGAACCACACAGAGAUCCGUCAGGGCCUGUGGAGAAGCCAAUCCCCAAGCCCAGGACGAUUUUCAACAAACCAAAAAUAGAACCUCCAACCGAACCCCCUCAGAAAUGCACUUCAAACUCCUUCAUCGUUCUGGAAGACUUCGCUCCGGGGGAAUCGAGCACUGAUGCUGAGGAGCGUGGCUCUGAACCGGGAGAGGACAGGUUAUCAAACUGUGGCUCGCUGGAGUCCCUAACGAAGGAAGAGCAAUCUGCGGGGAACCUACCUCCAGUUCCUCCUCGAAUCCACAGAGGGAUCCCCCCGGCCAGUUUCACAGGGCAGGGCUCCCCUGGCAGAGAAGAACAGGACAAGCUCAGCACCCCACCUCUCUCAUCCUCCCCCGGCUCCUGCUGCAGCUUCGGGGAGGGGGCCGGCUCCACCUCGCCCACCCCCCUAUAUCCAGGAAUGGAAAUGAUCUCCAAUGAGAUUUACUCAGGCCUCAGCCAGAUGGGAGUUACAGCGAGUGCGCUGGAGAUGCGCAGGAACAGACCCGUCCCACUGCCCCCAGCUAGACUGGAAUCCAGCUCAUCCCUGGAGAAGUCCAGCACUUUAAAAAGCAGUGCAGGGGAAUCCUCGUCGGUACCUGUGCCUACCAAGAGAAUCCUGGUUCACCAGGAGGAAGUGAUCAGCCCAUACUGUGAAACUGUGUUCCAGAGAGACAGACCUAAUCGGGAACAAAAGGCUACUCGAGCUCAGACUGAGGGGACUGGACACUGCAAACAGGAUGAUGAGGUGGAUUCUGGACGGAGAGCUCUCUUGAAGGAACGGCAGAUUUCCCAAAUCCUCCUCAGCGAGUCGGAAGGCUACUCCACGGUGGGGGAGCACCAUGCGCCCAGCCAUAGCUUCUCUCUCCCCCCAGACAUGUACGGUGACGAGAUCGGAGACGACCUGACCAUCUCCCCCUACGCCAGCUUCACCUCUCUCCCCGACAGGGCCCAGCCCAUCAUCAGUGGCUGGCUGGAAAAGCUGUCCCCCCAGGGGAACUAUGUAUUCCAGAAACGCUUUGUCAAGUUUGAUGGGAAGAAUCUGAUGUACUUCAGCAACGACAAGGAAGUUUACCCUAAAGGAGUGAUCCCUCUGGCAGCCAUCCAGAUGGCUCGCACAGCGAAGGACAAUAAGUUUGAGAUCGUCACAAGCCAAAGGACGUUUGUGUUCCGCGCCGACACUGAAGCACAGCGGAAUGAGUGGUCCAGCACACUGCAGAACAGAGUCAAGGAUCAGCUGGUCUUCUCCAGGCCUCGGUUCGGGCCGGGCAGCCACUGCCAGAAGAGUGGCUACCUGGAGCUGAAGGGAACCAAGUCCAAGAUCUACGUGGCCAUCAACACUGACCAAGUGUGGCUGCACAAGAAUGAGCAGGGUUUUAAAAAUGGAAUUGGAAUAACUUUGAUCGACGUCCGCGGUUCAACGAUCAGGGACAACAAAAGCAAGAGCUUUGAGCUGAUAUCCCCCUUUAAAGUGUUCAGCUUCACGGCGGAGUCAGAGCGGGAGAAGAAGGAGUGGAUGGAGGCUUUGCAGGAGUCCAUCGCAGAGACCCUCUCCGAUUACGAGGUGGCUGAGAAGAUCUGGUCCAACCGCUCCAACAGGGCCUGUGCAGACUGCAAGGCCUACAAUCCAGACUGGGCCUCCAUCAACCUCUGCGUGAUCAUCUGCAAGAACUGUGCAGGUCAGCACAGAGGACUGGGCACCACCAUUUCUAAAGUUCAGAGCCUGAAACUGGAUACGAGUGUGUGGAGCAAUGAAAUAGUCCAGCUCUUCAUUAUGCUGGGGAAUGAGAAGGCCAAUGCGUUCUGGGCGGCCCGGCUCCCGUCUGGGGAUGAGAUGGACCCUGAUGCCCCUCCGGACCAGCGCAGAGAAUUCAUCGGGCUCAAGUACAGGGACGGGAAGUACCGGCGCCCUCACCCCCACUUCAACACGCAGGAGGAGCUGCUCAAGGCACUGUGCGCAGCGACUGUGGAGCAGAAUCUCCUCAAAACAGUGACUCAGAUCUUCUCGGAGGCGGAGGCGGCUGAUGUAACAGACACAAACGGAUAUGACAAUUCCAGGAACUUGUACGAAACACACCGUAACUGCUCAGAUCUCAGCUCGUCGGAUGACUGCGGCUCAGGAAGUGUGUACGAUGAGAUCAUGCAGCCUGUGUUGCAUUCUGGGUACCUCUACAAGUCGGCAUCCACCAGCAAAGGGACAACAGGAAAGAAACCCAGAGAAGAGUUCCAGAAGCAGUGGUGCUCUUUGGAACGGUCCCUGCUCUUCUAUGAGACUGACAAGAGCACCGAGCCCAGCAUGAAGAUCGAGCUUAAAGACAUCAUCUGUUUAGGAGUCACCCGGCUGGGGUCACUGACCAGCCCUGGCCCUUUUGACAGAUUCAGAUACACUUUUGAGCUUUACUUAUCCUCAGAGAAGCUGUACCAGUUUGGAGUUGAGUGUCCCGAGACUCUACACAGCUGGACGAGUGCCUUAGGAAAGGCGUGCACCCCGCUCAGCUGUCACUGUCUGUUGGGCCGUGAGUUUGAGCGUGUGGGCCGGCUCCGCUACAAGGCCAUGCUGGACCCCGAGCAGUGGAAGGAGGGCUACUUCGUGCUGCAGAAAUCCAACCUGUUCAUCUGCCCUGGGAGCGAUGGGGCCGCGGAGGACAGCAUCAACCUCAAGAGGCUGCAGGAACUCAGUGUUACCUCUCAGAAUGAGAACAAUGAGAAGAAGGACAUUCUGGUGCUGGUUGAAAUGGGAAGGACUCUGUACCUCCAGAGCAUGGCGCGGAUGGAUUUCUCCAUGUGGUAUGCGGACAUCCAGACCGCUGCGGGAGGGAAGGGGAAUGCACUCCGAGACCAGCAGCUCAGCAGGAACGGCAUCCCCAUCAUAGUGGACAGCUGCAUAUCCUUCCUCACCCAGUACGGCCUGAGGCACGAGGGGAUCUACAGGAAGAACGGAGCCAAGUCUCGGAUCAAGCUGCUGAUGGAGGAGUUCCGCAGAGACGCACGCAACGUCAAGCUGCGCAUGGGGGACAACUUCAUCGAGGACGUGACCGACGUGCUCAAGAGGUUCUUCAGGGAAAUCGACGACCCUGUCUUCAUGGCGGACCUGCACCACCUGUGGCAGGAAGCUGCAGUGAUCAGCGAGAAGCUGCAGCGCCUGGAACGCUACAAGAAGCUGAUCUGCAGCCUGCCUCGAGUCAAUAGGACCACGCUGGCCGCUCUCAUCGGACACCUCUACAGGGUGCAGAAGUGUGCGGACUUGAACCAGAUGUGCACGAAGAACCUGUCACUGCUGUUCGCUCCCAGUCUCUUCCAGACCGACGGGAAAGGGGAGCACGAGGUGAAGAUCAUCGAGGACCUCAUCGACAAUUACCUCCAUGUCUUCGACAUUGAUGAGGAACAGCUGACACAGAUCGAACUGGAGCUCAGUCUGAUCACAACCUGGAAAGACGUGCAGCUGUCCCAGGCAGGCGACCUGAUCAUCGAGGUGUACUUGGAGAAGAAGCUUCCUGAUUGCUGCAUCACCCUCAAAGUUUCCCCUAUGAUGUCUGCGGAGGAGCUGACCAAUCAGGUUUUAUACAUGAGGAACAUCCCAGCCGGGGAUAAAGACAUCUGGCUGACAUUUGAAGCCAUCGAGACCAGUGAAUUGGAACGACCCCUCCACCCCAAGGAGAAGGUUCUGGAACAGGCCCUGCAGUGGUGCAAACUGCCUGAGCCCAGCUCAGCCUACCUGGUGGUAAAGAAGAUUCCUAAUGGACAAGCCAUCGAAAUCUUCACUGGGUUCCAGAGUGAGAUUGUGAAGAUCGGGGGGCUGAAGUGCCGGGAGGAGCCGCCCAAACUGCUGCAGGGAAACAAGUUCCAGGAGCGCAUCUUCCAGAUCCGCGAUCGCAAGCUUCUGCUGCUCAAGGACAAGAAGAGUAAUAAACCCGAGAAGGAGUGGCCACUGAAAACCCUGAAGGUUUACCUGGGAAUUCGGAAGAAACUGAAAGCCCCGACACAGUGGGGAUUCACUGUGUUCAUGGACAAACAGCAGCUGUAUCUGUGUUGUUCUGGAGAGUCUGAGAUGUGGGACUGGAUGACAAAUAUCCUCAAGGCUCAGCACGAUGACCUUCGACCUGCAGUUCUGCGGCGGCACUCCUCCUCUGACCUCUCCAAGCAGAACUUUGGGACGAUGCCCCUGGUCUCCAUUCGUGGAGAUGAGAGCAACAACACCAUGUUGUCAGCCAAUCAGACACUGCGAAAGCUACAUGCUAGAAGGACGCUCUCCAUGUUCUUUCCAAUGAAGAUGCAGCAGGACUCGUUCGAGGAGCAGCCCUCGAGCACCGAGCCGCUGUACGAGGAGGUGGGAGACUUCGGACUCCAGGUGCUCAAGUCUCUGCAGACCAGCUUCCUCUCGGAACCCUCGGAGGUGAAGACCCUGCCUCUCAGCAGGCCGGCCAGCCAGGAUUAUAGGAAGACCGGCUCCCUGGACCGGAUGAUCGGCCCCAACCCCGUCAGGACGCUGUGCGUUGAGGGGUCCCGAGGCCUCUCCCAGUCUGCGUCUCUGGAGAGGCUCAGGAGCCCAGACCACAUGGAGCCGCUCAUACUGGAAGACUCCUGCACCACCGACCCAGAGGGGCCCGUCAGGCCUUACCCAAAAAAGACGGCCCUAAGCACCCCUUCCCAGGACAAGCUGCUGCAGGAGCUGGCCAAUGUGUUUAUGAAGAAAGGCGAGACCGGGAAUGCAGCUAGCCAGGGUGGACAGAACAUCCUUUAGGAUUAUAGAGUCAGAGCAGUCAUUAGGGUUGUAUUUGUGGGGUUCAGAGCUGUGCAGAUUGUGCGGCUCUAUAGCCACUGAUAUGUGUGUUUAAAUGGGGAAGUGUUCAAUGGGAGAGCUGCUGGACAUGCUGAAAAGGUUGAGAUUAGCCUUCUCCCAGCCUUUGUUGGUCAGCCUCCAACUUUGUUGCCCCUCAUCACUGUCCAGCAAUUCCACGCAGGAACAGUGGAUUUAAAUGCUGUUUCUGGGUGUUCAGCAGGGAGUGUUCUAGCAUCGUAGCAUCCCUGCUGUUGCCAGGAGUUUUAAUAUGAAGAAAUAAUUGAUAACCCGUUCUGUGACACACACAUGCAUACUUUACUUGCUCACAUACAGAUGUAUUGCUCACGAUUACAUUAAAAGACAACCAGAAUCCAAGUCUAACUCAAACAUAUGAAACACAGACAGAGCAUCAUGUAAAUCCUAAGUAAGGUAAACUUUAUAGUGCUGGUGAUUUAACCCUUUAUGUUGCUUGUAAAAAUUGUGGUGCUAGAAGUCUAGCCUUUUGAGUUCUUGCAAUAACUUUGCAAGAACUCAAAUCUAGACAAAGCAACACACGUUUUCAUUUUGCAAACUGCACUUAUGCAUGCUUUGUGUAAAAACAAAACAAAAAAACCCCAAAAACAUGUAUGUAUUUUAAAUGUUGUCCUGAAUAUUCUUUACUGAAAUAACACUGGUAUCUAGAAGUAACACAGUUUGUCGUCGUAUUAAACGGUGCCAUUUAAAAAUUGUGAGUUAACCACUUCUGUCUCCAUUAUGAGUCAGACAACAGUAAUUGCAGUUAUUUACACUAAAACCAGUAUUUGAGCACAGUUACUGUUCUGCUUUAUCCUGAGCUAUGCCAUCUUGAUUUAUCCAGACAGACUGCAGACCCAUCCAACUAUCAUGGGUGCCCGACAGCUUCUCUAGCCAACAUCCACCACUAGGUGUCACUGUGGGGCAAGCAGUUUGAAAGUGGUUCAAGAUUAAGGGGUUAAACUGAAGUAAUGUUCGUGCAAACACAAUCUUGUUUAGAAGAAAACAAAAAGGUUAUUUGAAGACCAAGUGGGUCUCAUCACACAGCCAGCGAUGCACUUUACUUAACGUUAGGCCAACUGGAUACAGAAAAACAAACACACUUUUUCAGUUUUAAGAACAAAGCUCCACUUUGUUCUUAAAACUGAUAAAGGUCAAAGGAAGUUGGGUAGCAAAAUAAGGCAUGUCUGUUUUAACCUGCAACUUUGUCACUUUGUAGUACUUUGGUAUUAUGAGAUUACUAUGUGUGAAGAAAUAACCGGAAAUGUCCUAGUGAAUACCAAGCAUGGUGAAUCAAGUACAACUGUGGCCAACAGUUUUGCAUCACAUAGAAUUUUAGGAUUGAGACAUAAUUAAAUCUAUAUAUGAACAGGGAGUAUUAGGGAGUUUUGUAUUAUUCUUGCUUUCCACACCUCAUAGUGUCACUUGAGCAUCUUCUCUGGCUGCUGCCACCUAGACUUCCAUUUAUCAACUUAUUUAUAGGAAUUUCUAGCGCUAACCUUGCUGUUCUGUUAUAUUUUAAAGUGUUGGUCUUUUACAACAUGUUGCUACUGUCUUUUUUUUAAAUAUACGAUGUAGGAAUUCUUCAUUUUAGUAUGUGUCGUGUAACUGUGUUUUUUCACAGUAACUGUAAAUAUUGUAAAGGUGUUUAUGUCUGUGUUUUCUUUUUUUUAAUGCUGUGUUCAUUUACUGAGGCAUAUUUUAAGACCAAAUAUUUGAAAUCUGUUAAGAAUGAAGGAUUUGCAAAAGAACAUUUGUUACAUGUUAAUAUCUUAUUAAAUUAAUGUUUUUUUUUUGUUAUGUACCAUAGCUUUCUGAUUUUUAUUUUUUUCCCACUAGCUCAGCUAACCACAUUUCUAGCUGAAGUGCAGCAGAAAUGUGGAGCAGUGUGGAGUAGUGGUUAGGGCUCUGGACUCUUGACCGGAGGGUCGUGGGUUCAAUCCCUGGUGGGGACACUGCUGCUGUACCCUUGAGCAAGGUACUUUACCUAGAUUGCUCCAGUAAAAACCCAACUGUAUAAAUGGAUAAUUGUAUGUAAAAAUAAUGUGAUAUCUUGUAACAAUUGUAAGUCGCCCUGGAUAAGGGCGUCAGCUAAGAAAUAAAUAAUAAUAAUAAUAA